UGUUGUUGUUGCAGGCGCAGUUUGGAUGUUUUGUGGUUUAGUUCUACCUGCAAUAUUUCUAAUUUUCUGUAUUAAUUCAGCAUGUAAAAUAAAUAUUUCGAAUAUAAAAACGUCUUAGGAUGGCGGCUAUUGCAGAAGAAGUAACGUCUGGGAGAAAAUCGCGUCCUAUGAACGUUCUAGAGUGUCGUGUGUGUGAGGAUGUUUUCCAUCUCCAAGGUGACAAGGUCCCACGCCUAUUACUUUGUGGUCAUACUGUCUGCCACGAUUGCUUGGCACGCCUACCAGUCCAUGGCCGAACUCUUCAAUGCCCAUUUGAUAGACAAGUGACUGAGCUUAGUGACUCUGGAGUAUGGGGGCUUAAGAAGAAUUUUGCACUGAUAGAACUUCUAGAAAGACUUCAAGUCUCUGUAGAGCCUUCAACUACUACAGAAGAGGAUAUAAAUGAUGGAGGUGUGAGAUGCGAUGAGAAUGAUGACCACAAAGCUACCAUCUACUGUACUGUUUGUGGGACAAAUCUAUGUCCUUCUUGUGCCGAGAGUAUACAUUCUACAAAGACCCUUAAAAAGCACAGGAGAAUUCCCCUAGCUGAUAAACCAAAGGAGAGACCAAAGUGCCCCUUGCACUCAACACAUGUGAUAGAAUUUACUUGCCUUGAAGAGGACUGCAGGGAAAACUCACUUAUGUGUUUUGUGUGCAAGGACUAUGGCAGGCAUCAAGGUCACAAGCAUGCAUUACUGGAGACAGAGGCCCAAAGCAUGCGCUCAUCAGUUACGAAUGCCAUUCAGCAUGUUAGAGCAUUCACCACAGAAGUCACUGAGUCUUCAAGGAAGGUUGCCUCAGUCAUAGAUGCCAUUGAGGGUGGAGUCCUUGUGCAAGAGAACGAUCAGGGAUCACUAGUGCGUCAUCACAUGGCUGGCUCGGCAGAAGAGGCCCGUAGUCGGGUGCGCGCCUACUUCGAUGACAUGCGCGAGACAGUAAACCGUCAGGAGGAAGCUGGGCUUGCUGUGGUAGAUAGCCAUGUGAGAGAGAAGCUGUUCUCUCUGCGUCAGCAACAGGAGGACAUGGCUGUGCUGAUUGCUCAAGUCAACUCGGUCUGCUCUGAGUGUGAGCGCUCGCUACAGAGGGAUGACGCGGAGGUAAUCGAGGCUCGCAAUAACAUCUUCAGUCUCCUUGACACAGUGCAGCAGCAACAGCAGCAAUUCAUUGACAUCGCGAGACUAUGCAAUGCCGACGCUGGGAUCCCUGUGGCCUUCACUAAAGACAAUAGGGUUCACAUAGGGCCUAAAAUGGAGAUGCGCGCCGUGGCCCUAGGGCUAGAUGGGGCCGGUAAGACUUCGAUUCUCUUCAAGCUCAAGCAAGACGAGUUUGUCUCUCCUAUCACUACUAUUGGUUUUAACGUCGAGACUGUGGAGCACAGAAGUCUCAAGUUUACCAUUUGGGACGUGGGUGGCUUACAAAAACUACGGCCCCUGUGGCGACACUAUUACCUCAACACUCAAGCCGUGAUAUUCGUUAUUGAUAGCAGUAAUACUGAGCGUCUAUCAGAGGCGCAUGAUGAACUCGCCAAGCUGAUGGCCGAGAAGAGACUGAGGGACGCGCUGCUUCUCAUACUCGCAAACAAACAGGAUGUGUCAUCAGCCGUCAGUGUAGACAUCCUGGCUGAGCGACUAGCGCUUCACAAGUUGUGUUGUGGUCGUAGCUGGACCAUCAUGGCCUGUGACGCGCAUACUGGGCGAGGCCUCAACGAGGGCUUAGACUGGCUGGCCAGACAACUCAUGUCGGAGUUUGCGCAGUAAAGACGUCGAAUUCAAGAAGAAAAUUUCACUCGACGCUGAAGUUGCUCUGUUCGAGCAGGAUCAUUUUCCUCCUCUUCCUCAUCCUCGGGUGUACGAUUCUCGCAGUUGAGGAGUUUGCACAUGUCAGUACACUUCAACCCACUGCUGACGCAGGUGCAUUUUGGAGUACUGCAUGUCUUCUUACAGGUGCAAGACAAAAACUUUAGAAGAGCUGCGGAGCUGGAUCAGCCGUCAUCCAGUGGUACGACAAACCGCCCUUUGUCAUUGCGAAACCAACCGUGGCCAACUGGAGAGGGGACUUGGGGACAGGAUUGUAGACUUCUUCUCCAUAUCGCAGCUUGAUAGUUAGAACGUAGUGCAUGCAGCUUGGGACAGGAUUGUAGACUUCUUUUCCAUAUCGCAGCUUGAUAGUUAGAACGUAGUGCAUGCAGCUUGGGACAGGAUUGUAGACUUCUCCAUAGCGCAGCUUGAUAGUUAGCACGUAGUGCAUGCAGCUUGGGACAGGAUUGUAGACUUCUUCUCCAUAUCGCAGCUCGAUAGUUAGCACGUAGUGCAUGCAGCUUGGGACAGGAUUGUAGACUUCUUCUCCAUAUCGCAGCUUGAUAGUUAGCACGUAGUGCAUGCAGCUUCAGGCAAUCUGCACAUCGGGGAAGCUGACUUGAGUUUAUUUUUUUUUUCCCUGCCUUGCGCAAAAAAGCCUAUAAUAGAUGUCAAAACAAAUUAUUAGCUAUUUUUUCUACAAUAUUAAGAGUGCAUGAAAUAAAGAGAGGCUAAAAAAGAAAAA